AUGUUUUGGGGAUGUAUGGGGUGGCUAGGGACUGGGCAUGGUACCAAGAUAGAAGCAUUGUUGACCAAGGAAGUUUAUGUAGAUUUUGGAGGACAAAUUCCUGCAGAGCCUGGAGCAUUUAGGGAUGGAACAGACAAGAUCAUGGAAUUGAGUGUCUUGAGUGGCCAGCAAAUUCUCCCAACCAAAACCCCAUUGAGAUCUAUGGGUGGAGCUCAAGAGGCACCUUGGCAAGUAUGA